UUAUGCGCCUUACUUGUCCAGAGGCGCACUGGGUAUGUGUAGGCGUUCAGAUUUAGACAGUUUCAAGUAAUGAAUAGUGUGUGGUAGUUCUUCCCUCAGCUGAAUAUAAUUAAUUUGUUAUCCAACGAUAACAUGACAACUGCGAGCAAUGCUUUGGGGCAAAAUUUGCCCAGAAAACUCAUAUGCAUUUUGUUUACCGCACUUAUCAUGACUAUUGCGGCGGCAGAUGAAGACCACACAAGUAAAACAUUUCAAAUGCGCUCUGACAACAGCUCAAUCGGCGGCAUGCACAAUCAAAAAACAGGGACGAUUACAUGUCAGCCAGAAGUUCCCAGUACCGCGUCAGUGUGCUACGACAUCUACGGAGAGUUAGAGGAGUUUUCCCUCGAGUCACCGUGGUCCUCCGUCACACCCGCCAUGCGCAACACCAAAUUCUGGCUCACCUCCAGUCCUGAUCAAGAGCGUCCACUGGUCCUGAAUCCAAACAACACGGCUGAGUUGACCAACGCACCACUGAAUGUCGAGGGCAAAGUUUACGCCCUCGUACAUGACUGGAACACCGGUGGCAAAUGGACGAAGCUGCUGAGAAGGGAGCUGAUGAGAGCCGUCAGCUCCAACAACGUGGUGGUGGUGAGGUGGUCCAAUGACACCUACUCACAGUCUGUAGCGAACAUCAGGGUGGUGGCUCGACAGUUGGCCUUUUUCAUUAACAGAUUACAGGUACUACGGGGUAUCCCAAGUCACAGCUUCCACCUGGUAGGUCACGGUCUGGGGGCACACUUGUGUGGCAUUGCCGGCACUUAUUUGCAGCAGCGAUAUGGCAUCACUGUACAGAGUUCUGGGUUGCUCGCACUCUCGCGCUCACAAACUCUUCAUGCAAUCGGUGGAGCGGGACUGUCCCUUGGUGGCCGUUCGCUGCCCCUCCUAUGAAAUGUUCAGCAAGGGGGAAUGUCGGGGCUGCCAACCUCCCUACGAUUGCGUGGAAUUAGGAAUAAAUUUUACGGUCCCUAAGAACCUUUCUGGCAACUCUACCUACUUUAUGAACGAUUCUUCUCUUGAUUGUGAACACGAGUACCAGGUUACCAUCACCAUGAGCAACAUACCUAGAUAUGAAUUUCAACUAGAUUUUCUUACCAUCAAGGGGACUAUCGGCAAAAUUGGUCCCGAAUAUCUCAAAUCCCCUAAUUGGUUCCCUGCCGGAUCAACACGUCGAUACCUGAUACGGACCAAGAGCUUGGGUUAUGUGCGCAGCAUAGAGAUCAUUUUCAACUAUAAAAGCAAUAGCCGCCAUAAUUGGGUUUCAAUAAUCGCAGAAACGCUCGAUAACCCCAUUACGAGUACGCACGCUGUAGGGGAUGCAGCUGGUCCCCUUAAACCGCAAAGUAAAUACGUCAGCUCAGUUACCGUGACUCGACAACGUCUAUUGCCGUGAUCGAAAAAGAGAGAAGUACUAAAUAGUGAAGGAUCGAGUGGCUGCCAAGUGGCGACUACAGCCUCAACCGCACCAGGAACUGCAGCUCCAACAACUGCAUAACACCUAGCAUCUGUUACUAUAAGACCAGCAGCAACAACAACACUUACAGUAUCAGUAUCAACACCAGCACCAGAUACGUCCACCAGUAUAUAUCACUUAUUCGCUCGUUACAAAUCCAUUUGUAGAAAAAAAACAGAACUUGCGGUCAACACAUGAAGCUAUCUAUUAAAUACAUAUGCAAGAAUAAUACAUCGAUACUCUACAACAUACGUUUGUAUAUAAUCAUGCACCAAUGUAAUGAUCGAAGAUAGGAUGAUAUUUUGAAUUAAUUAAACCUCUUGUUUGGGAGAUGACCUCUCUCUUGCAAAGAAUGAUAGACUCUAAUUACACCGAUUGUUAUCUUUACGACGAUCUAUGAUGAGGAAUUACAAUAAAAAUUAUCGGUCGCAUGAGACUAUUGCAUAGAGCCUGAUUCUAGGCCAUCCAAUUAACAAUUCGCUUCCUCAAUCUCAUCCGGCAGAGAAAUGUCGCUCAUAUUUUUCGGUUAGUUUAGUAUGAUAAGGAUAAUAUAUUUUAAUUUCUCUUUAGUUAGGUAAUUUUACGAAAUAUUCAAAAAUAUUGUUGGCACAAACUAUUUUCAGAUGUACCGCUUGUAUUUUUCACUCGCUUUUACAUAUAUCAAUAUAUCACUCGCAUUAUAUUUGC